AUGGCCUCAGCAACACAAAUCAUAACAAAUCUGAGAAAUGAACACCAAGUCUCGUAUAAAAUUGAGAGACAUCCUUCCGAUGCAGAAUUCAAACGUGCCAACAGGCUCAUUCCUCAUAUUCUCGAGGAAGAGGCACGUGAAAAUCCUCAAAGAAUCAUGGCAAUGGUGGCCAAGACAUCUGACAUAUCCGAGGGAUUCAACGAAGUCAAUGCUGGGCAGUUCUUGUGUGGCGUGGACUUCCUAGCUCAUUGGAUUGAUUCUUAUAAGUCGAAAUCUUCAUUGACUGAGACUUUCGCGUUUAUUGGAUCUCAAGAUUUUCGCUAUCCGAUCAUUGAGAUUGCUUGUAUGAAAACUGGAAACCCUCUGCUAUUACCAAGGGCUGGAAAUGCAUUAGCAAACACAGUUUCAUUGCUCAAGGCGACUAAAAGCACAAAGCUUUUCUACACAUCGCAAUAUUCAGAUCUUGCUGCACGAAUUUUGGAGGUGAUCCCAACUUUAGACAAGCACGAGAUACCGACGCUACAGGAGAUAAUAAACACAAAAAGCAAGCCUUACCCUUACACGAAAAACUGGGAUACACAUCAUAAUGAGCUCGCACUCAUUAUUCAUACCUCGGGUUCUACAGGUGCACCAAAGCCAAAGAAUUGCAGCCAUGGGUACAUCAGUGGUUUCAUCAACAACAGUAUAUUGUUACCUGAUGUACCCGGACGAGCAAUUGCAGGCUUCAAGUUUGUAGAAAAAGAAAAACUGCUCUUGAGUGGAUGUAGCUUCUCGCAUGCAUCUGGACUUGGCCUGGCAUUCUCAACGAUCAUCUUAGGUUCAACCUUGGUUCGUGGCCCACCGAACGAACCGUCUAGUGGGAGAAUACUCCAUGAUAUCAUGAAGACUCUUCCAAUUCAUGGACUCAUAGAGGUUCCAAGUGUUACAGAGCAAUUGUUCUUGAAUCAUAGCGAGGGCCUCGAAGAAGAAAUCGCAGCUUUGAAACAUAUUUCCUGGCUUGGGGGUCCACUUUCACAGAAAACAGGAGACUUCAUUAUCCGCAACACCGACGCAGUACUGUGGCAAAUUUUUGGGUCGACUGAAUCCGCCCAAUUGCCACUUCUUGUACCACCCAAAUCACAUUGGUCAUAUCUCGAAUUUCACCCCCAAUUCUUACCGGAAUUCGAGCCAGUGAAUGAUGACUCUACGCUUUGCGAACUGAUUUUAAACAAGUAUGAUGAUCCAGCUCUUGCUUGGGCUCAACCUGUCUUUCAUAUGGCACCUGAUCAGACCCAGUGGAGGACCAGGGAUAUUCUGCGUCGCUACGAAGGUUCACUUCCCAAUGGGGUUGGUCCACUUUGGAAAUUCGAAAACCGAAUCGAUGAUCUUAUCAUCCUUUCUAAUGCAGCUAAAGUUAACCCUGUACAUAUUGAGACUCUACUACAAUCGCACCCGCUACUUAACGGCUGUCUUGUGUUUGGAACAGGUAGAACUCGGUGUGGAAUCUUGUUGGAACCGAAAGAAGAUUCGAAAUUGACGGAGGAAGAUUUAAUUGAAAAAGUAUGGCCGGACGUACAAAAAGCUAAUGAUACGGUACCAGCACAUGCUCGAGUUGAGCGACAUUUGGUUUUCGUGGCGAAGAAGGAUAAGAGGUUUGAGAGAGCUGCUAAGGGGACUCUUGUUAGAUCCAUUUGUACAAACAUGUAUAAAGCUGAGAUUGAUAGUGUAUACGCAGCGUUUGAGGCAAAGAACUACGGAUACAGUAAAGCUGAUCUCAAGUUGCGAGUUUAGACCACAUUGGUUCUAUCGUUUUUCUACAUUCAGCUUUAGGAUAUUGAAAUGCAUGUUUAGUUAUUAGUAUCAUAUAUCACAUACAAACAGGGCCCUUGCUUGGCAUUUUGGAGGGAUGACAUUAAUGAAAAUCAGAAUAGUUUGGUAAUUUUGCACAUGUUCGGGGGGAUUUUUUUUUCAUUAUCAAUCUAUUCAGAAGGCGGCAAAUCGAACGGAAAAUUAAGAAACGGAAUGAACAUCGCUUCUAGCGAAUUACCACAUCCACAAACCUUUCUUUUCUCCUCCCCUCCUCACAAAAUCACACAUCCCGAGGCUCCAUCCCUUCCAUCCCCCUCCGUUCGUCGUCUCAUAAAUCUAGUCACUCGAAUCCAUCGAAUUUUUCUACAAAUAGCACAACAAUUACGCUUCUCAACGAUAGAAAGCCAAUAGAAUGAACAUCUGCUUGGGUCAGGAGUGCUGUCGGAUGGAUUGAUAGGGGCUUGACGACAGUGCUGCACGUGUGUGGAAGAAUGCAUGCAGGAGAGGUGGAUAGUGUGUUGAUCUUCGCACAUUUUGACUUUUGGUUUUGGGUUGUUAUUGGGUCGAUUUGGGAUCUGGGCUGAAGUGGUUUGGAAAGAUGAUGCUGGGGUAUGUUUGAUGAGUCUUGAUUGAUUCUUGGAGAAUUAGAUAUAAGUCGAGACAAGUCGUGGGUAUUUUAUAUUUGAGAUGGGGAGUUGUUCUGGCAUUUUUUUGAGCCUAUUUGAAGAUGAUGAAAGUUCUUAUGUUAGUAUUGAUUC